GCCUGAAGGGCCGGCGAAGGUCGUCGUCGCCUGUGCUCGUCGUCGUGGUAGUGCGCGUGUGAGUGCCUUGGAUUACGCUGCCCGCGCCGACCGUGCCCGUGCGGUUCUGCGCGCGCUGAUCGGCGCCUCUGUAUGGUUCGGCGGGACUCCCCCACGCUGCCUGGUCGAGCAGGGACCCCCGGCCUGGCGCCCGAGUCAGCGUUCGCCAUGAGCUCCAAGGAGGCGGCGUGCGCUCCGAUCCAGCUGGAGCCGGUGGACCUCUCGCUGAACAGCCGGAGCCGGUCGUCGGCGGCCUCCUCCGGCCGGGGGCUGCCGCUGGACGAGCAGCCAACGCCGCCUUCGUCGCCGCCUUCCUCGCCACCUUCGCCGGACCUCAACAAUGAUCUAGCGCUGGCCCUGUACACCUCGGCGGCGGCGGCGCGGCGGUUGGAGGCCCCCAGCGACCUGCCCCGGACGUCACCUACGUUGGCCGGCAGCCUACCGGAGGAAAUCCUGGCCUGCCGGACGACGGGCGCCAUCCUGCAAAGCAUCAAGGAGGCAUCCCUGGCGCUGCAGCAGCAGCCACCGUCGCAGGCGCUGAGCAAUGGCGCAGUGUCGUCGAGGUUGUGCUGGCCUCCGUCGUCCGCCGCGGUUGCCGCGGACUCGGACUCGCUGCGGCGCCGGAAGGUGCACAAGUGCGACUUCGAGGGCUGCCAGAAGGUCUACACCAAGAGCUCCCACCUCAAGGCGCACAAGCGCACGCACACAGGCGAGAAGCCGUACACGUGCACGUGGGAGGGCUGCACGUGGAAGUUCGCGCGGUCGGACGAGCUGACGCGCCACUUCCGCAAGCACACGGGCCAGAAGCCGUUCAAGUGCCAGCUAUGCCAGCGCUCCUUCUCGCGCUCCGACCACCUGUCGCUGCACAUGAAGCGGCAUUGACCCUCCCUCCAUCAGAACUCGCCGGCUCCAGCGGAGGCCGUUGUCGCCACUUGCUCAACUUCCCUGGCGCCCCGACCCGCUGCUGCCGGCAGCGCCCCCUACCUCCGCAGCCGAGAGAAGAGAGCCGUUCCUAAUAUAUAUGUCCACACCAGACACACAAGCAUAUGUAUAUUACACAUGAUAGGAGGAAGAGAAGACGAAGACGCCGUCGAGCGCGGCCUCAGUGGGCGGCAGAGACCGCCUUCGCGGACGUUUGACGGACCGCUACUUCUUUUUUAACGGAUGUUUAUGCCCCCGCCUGUGGUCAGUGUGCUCAAAGGGACGCCCCUGGUGCCCAGACAGUGCGCGCGUGUGUGUGCCCGUCAACUGAACUCUGCUGUGCGCGUGAAACGCCUCGGCCAUCAUCGAGCGAUGAUGCAUGUGCACACACACAUACACACACCUUUCUGUGCACACACAUACACUUCUUAUGCCUGUGUUGCGCCGGCUUGACAAAACCGCCCGGUGCUGACACGCAGCCUUCUUUUCGUACAGUCACGGUUUUCGUUCGCCCUGCCCUUUGUUCUUUGUCGGGUGGAUGUGUGCGAUGCUGUCCGAGGUAUUCCGUGUGGUGAAAUCGAGCGGUUCUGUAAGGCUGGCCUUGCUCGCAGUGACGCGAACAUCGUUUUGGUACCUGUCCGUUUGCAUUCGCGCUGUUACCAAGCGGAGGCGCCCACUGUUUGUGGAAAGGUUGUACCGUAGGGUGUGCUAAAAUAUGGCCUUGAUUGGCGCUUUUCGACGGGGAAUGCGAGAUGGUAUCAGAGCUGUAGAAUACGACGAAAAUGUGUGACCAUGGGCGCAUAGCGCUCGUCGGAAUUUUUAGGUCCUUGUCCAUUUCCCCUACAAACACUAGAGUGCUUUAGCAUGUCGCUGCUACUGCACUACCGUUACUGCUGCCGUCUUCGCCACCUGCCAGCUUCGCACGUGUUAGCUAAGCCACGCCGUGUGCGCGCGUGGCGUGGCUUAGAUAGCAGGUGCAAAGUUGACAGGUGGCCUAGGCGGGCACCGGUAUUCUAAAACUUCCUGUUGUUACGAAACAUUUAAAGAAAGCAUCGUUGUCUUGCUGCAACAUUUAAAGGGUGCAGUAAGACGCCGUGGUGAUCGCCGUCAUUUUCUGUUGAUUUUGUGGUCAGCGCCCGUUCGCAUUUGUUUCGUUUCUCGAAGUACCGGCCCGUGCAGCUGGGAAUUGCAGGCCUUGUUCGUGUCACUGCCGUGUGGAAGAAGGCCGCCCUCCGCCGGCGAGCUGCGUUGAAGGCGACUGAAGCGAGCGCGUGCGCAAUCCAAGCCCUCCUGCGCGCUUAUAGUAUAGCGGCAGUACUUAGUCUCUGUGAUGCAUCCUAUGCGGCCCUGCGGUUCACCCGGUCCCCCCAGCAAGCGUCCGUCCAAUCAAGGCGCAGCCUUCAGUGCUUGCUGUACUCGCCACUUCUUUUGCGCAGGCUUCAGCUUGGCGUAGUGGACGGCACUCUGCGUCCCGUUCUUAUUAAUGUCUGCCAGUAUUCAACUAAUGCAGCCUGCUGCGCCCUCUAUGUUCAAACUGUUCAAACUCGGGUCGCUGAGGAACUAGUGGCUUGGGAAAUAGCACAGCGACUAAACUCGUUUGCCUUCGCGUGCCCCAUUGUUCCCCUUCGUGUCGAACCUGGACAUAUGUAAGCUCGCGACGAGCUGUUAAAUGCUCACCUUUCGCUUUGGUGGAAGCGGCUACCUGGCGGUUACCUGACUGCUGUUCGCUGUGUAGUUGUUUGGUGCUUAAGAAAGAGCGUGCAUCCCACUUCGAUGGCGCCGCAUUGCUGUGUCGGCACGAAACGACCAUGCCGUGCUAAUUCAGGGCUUCUGCUCCGUACCGCAGAGACAUUAAACUCGGAAGCUGCUGUGGCUAUUGAAGGUGCUGCGGAAACAGAAAACCAGUUCUUAAAUGUUCUUGUUAAUGUCGUUAGAAGACAGCUGAAGGGUGGUUAUUGGGACUGUAGAGGAAAUCAUUUCAUGUUUUGCUGGCGUCCUUUUUCCAGCUUGCUUGCGCGACCACAAGAUCGUACGAAGGCGUCUCGCGUGCCGAAUCCUAUAGUAGUAGAACCGGGACCAGCCGACAUGCUAAACGCCUUGUAGCCUGCCCCGUGUCCUCCGAGAUCUCCAGCGCGCGGUGGGAAUCUCUGAGGUCAUGCCUACUGACACGCGGUGCUGGCGCGAACGAUAUGGUGGCAUCGUCAAAGACAAAAGUUGUACAGUGACUCUCGGCUUAGCUCCUGUAGAUUGUUUGGUGCGCGGACGGGCAGUGAUGGAAAUUUCUCGAGUGUGCUUGCCACGACGAUGAGAUAGUGCGUGUUGGCUGCACGGCGGUGCAUACGUCUCCCACCUUCCACAAAGCGGUCGCGGAAGUAGCCUGGUUUACAAAUUGACUUUCGCACGUUGUAUGAUCGGGAAAGUGAAUCUGGCAGUGGCAUCAUUUGAGCGGCAUUUGUUAUCGGCAUCCAUUGGAUGCCUUGGGUACAUCCAGUGAUCGAUGGUUGCCGUAUGAAGUAUAACGAAAAGUUCAGUCGCAUCGACACACGUCUGCAGAGCCCUGCUUUAAGCGUGAAAGAAAGAGCAGCAUAUGGUGUUAGCGCCAGUGGCUGCCAUUAUACAUUCAUUAAUUCUUCAAAAGCGUUUUGUUGCCACUCAUCAUGCUUCGCAAUGUGACGACAUUUCUCCUCCAACUUGAGCCACAUGCUUGUUCGUGAUGGCAGCUCCAUAAUACACAACAUUCCAUUCUGAACGCACCGAAUCUUGAACAGAGAACGGGUGUCCGGAUAUUGUUUUUAACAUGCGUUGCCCUUUUGGGUGAGUUGGUGCUAAAAGGGUCAUAUUUUGAUGAUUACACAAAGAGGGGGGGGGGGGGGGGGGGGCAACAACCGAUGAACGGAAGUAACAUAGAAAUGAUCAGGAACAAAAUGUCAUAAAUGCCUUGAGGGAAUGGACGCGGUUAAGAAAUAUGGAUAUCUUCGCUUUUCGGUAGGUCCAUUUAACAACUUCUUUUGAAUUCUGGCUAUCGGUUGUGGCACGCUAUGUCUCGUGAAAGGGAAUCAUCGCAGUCUACUAACGCAUACCCAACAUUGCGAGAAGCUUCAGUAAAAAAAAAAAAAAGGGAGGGGGGGGGGGGGGGGUCGCAGUAGAGUGGAUUUGUUCUAAGGCAUCUGCUUAACGUCUCAAAAGCCCAUAACAAAGAACGAUCUGGUCCUGUUGAAAACCGAGCUCCAGCUUGCGUUUCUUGCGGAAUCCCGAACUCUAAUCGGUUUCUUCUCUGGCACGCUUGCGUUCCCCCUUUCCAUGCGUAAUAAACAUCGUUCUCCAGGCCGAAGGGAACCCUAGCAGAAACGUUUUUCUGUUUUGCUGAGAUAUGCGAUGCAGCUUGUAAAUGUUGUAAGCUACGAUGACGUAUCGAAGCGCGGCGGUGACGCUAAACGGAACCUAGCUGGUAAGCUUCAGUUCUUUCUUUACGUGGAAUUGGAAUUAGUAAAGUUGGUUAAAGGCAUUCUAAGUUUUACUUAAAGGGGGUUUAUUAGUAGCCUUCGGUGAUGAAAGGAAUUCCGCAAGUGCGCCUGUCCACACAUCUUAUUUGACCCCACCAAGAUGGCGGACCGGACAUCGCUUUGCGAGCUAAAUCAAUGGUUCAUUCAAUUCGCCUUCAUUUUCUCAACUAGAUCAAGAGGUGCGGCACCUUGCUAUUUGUUUCACGUGAACAAUCAAUAUGGCGUCGUCUGCACGUCGUCAUUCGUUUCAGCCAGUGCAGGCUUCUAUGGCGAAUUCGACAAUAUGGUAAAAUUCUGCAAUGGUAUCAUUUGGGCCAGUCAGAUGAGCCGUAGCAAGCCUGUGGGCCAAUCAUCGCUGACCAGAUCGUAAGUUCGACAAUAUGGCGGAAUUCUACAAUGUCCAGAAUAGCACCCCUGGACGGUGCAGCCGCACUUGCGGCACCAUCUUGUGACACUGUGUUGAACCAUGCUGUUUGGAACUCUUACCGUAUUGUGCGGCUGUGUUCUCUUGUAUGCGACGCAACGUUCCGAAUUUCUCCCCGGCAAGUGUCGCAUAGCAUAAGAACGGUGCAGAACAUUUUGACUGAACUCAGAGUCACAAGUUGGCGCAACUGGCGCUGCUGCUCGCGUCUCCGUUCCGGUAUUGGAACGGUAGCACUAACGCGCGUACGGUCAAGCUAAAACUCCAUUCAAAAUCGCGGCAGGGCUGAAGUAGUAUCUUUGUAUAUGGGACACUUGGCUGGAGUAGAGAAUUCAGGGCAUGAGCGAAGCCCUUUCUUUGGCUGAGGGUGUGUACCUACUUCGCUUCCUUGUACACGUUGUCGAUUCCUGCGGUGGUCACCAUUUUCCUGACCUCGGGGGCCAUGCACGCCAUCACCCCUUUGUUACACUCCGUGACCGCUUUUGUGCAGAUUGUUUCGUGCGGUAUAGGUGCGCGCUUAGGCGUACUCGAGAAUGUGAAUUGCUUUAAUACUGACUGUUGUUUCGUUGUUGGUGUAGUACUGGUUGUUAUCGCUGGGGCGUUUCUUCAAGGUCUUCUCUAGCAUCGAGUCCUCUGUUGCUCUCGAUCUACGUGCUCACCCACAAUGAACUCUUGUCGUCGCAGAGAUAUGCCCCCGAAACGGCACGAAAGUGUAGAUACAAUCCAAGGUCGUAAUAUAUACUCGUAUGUAUACAUACCGCAUACACAUGUUGUAAACGUGCUCUGAGCUGACGAGCGCGUAAUAUAUACGUGCGUAAUCUCGGAAAUCAAGACGAUAGUGACCGGCGAAGAUGCCCAGCGAUACUUCCGGUGUGGAUGCAUUCUUUUUCGGGAGCCUAUAGCUGUUCUUUUCCACUUUAUACGCGAUACCGAACAAAACAAAAAAAGGCAAGUGUCUUCUUGUAGGAGGCCGAAACAACUUCUUGUUGGCUCAAUCACGUGAUCGUUUCAGAAGGCGGCCAGCCUUGCUUAACACUCUUAGGGACGUUGUUUGGUGGCCUCGCGGUGUGUUUUCAACCUCCGAUGGUUGGGUUGUACGUAUUUUUUUCUUGUCACCGUUGCCACUAAUGGAGUUUUAGUGCGUCCGUCAACUAUUGCCGUUUACGGAAUAACGGAGAUGCGGAGCGCUGGUGACGCCGUAUUUUGACGGUAAGCUCAACAGAGCACACAAAAGAUUGCAACAACCACGUUCUACUUAGCUGCUGCUGUAAAGGCGUCGGCAGCCCCUUUCAGCGAGGGCACCCAUUAAAAAAACAAAAGCGAACACUUUAUGGCUGAAGAAAAUGUUACGAGAUGUCACUAUCAGCGCUGCUGGCAUCCGAUGUUCCCGUAUUCCGAAACGAGACAGACUAGAGGUGUAUAAUGGAGAGUUCUAACCUCUCCGUAAAUGUAUUGCAGUUGACGGAAUACCGGGUUACCGGGGACGCUUGCGUCAGUGGUCGCGUUGGUGGGGCCAUCUUGUGGCGCGAAAUUUAAACAUGGAGGACACACAGCUAAUAUUGCAAUGGCCAACCACAUUCACUAACCUGCUGGUACAAGGAGUCUGCAGCGAGAUAAUCGUCAAACAGUCCUUUUUUUCUUAAUUCUCCUUCGACAAGAGCAGCCAUGUAACAAACAUUUCUAACGCGUUAUAGUUGGCUAAAGCAUCGCAAGAUGUCGUUACCAGUGUGGCCGCUGCCGUCCACGGCUCCGGUAACCCGAUAUUCCGCAAGCGGUAAUACGUUUACGAACCCGCUAAAACUAUAUAACACAGGUUUAGCCUGUUGGUAAACGUACGGAAUGUCGAAACACGUCAACGGCAGCAGUAGCGCUGGUAGCGCCAUCUUGUAAUGAUUCCUUCAACGCAUAUGUGAAAUGCGUUUUAGCUGCGUCAAUGUUCUUGCAGAAGGAAAAACACGAAGUCCAUCAUACCCCAAUGACUGUUGCUGCUGACGCCUUUGCACCAGCAGAUAGUUAGAACAUAGUAACAUAGUCGUUACCAUUAUAGUUGUGUGCGCUCUAGUUGGCGCCACCAAUUCUGCUGCGGACGUCUGUCGCUGGAUAUCGGCUAUUCCGUAAAAUGUAAUACGUUUUACCAACUGAAAACUCUAACAGAGCUCUUGCUCUUCCAUAAACGUAUUAUUACUCUUUGCGGUAAUAAUAUGUUUAAUAAUAAUUGGUUACUGCAGACGUGGAUAGUAGUAGCAACGCUGGUAGCUCGGUCUUGUGGUCUUGACCAGACAGGACACAGAGCUAUUGUUGUAGCGACACGCCGUAUUAUGCUAAGCUGCUGGUGUAAAGUGCAGCGGCAUAAUCGUUAACAUGUAGUCUUAAAAUGAUUCAUUUGACGAGAACACAUGUAACACAAAAAUGUUUCUAACGCGUUGUGCUUGAAAAAACGCGUCACAAGAUUUCGCUACAGGCUAUGCCAUAAUCGUCCAAGUCUACGGUAUUCCGUAAAGGGUAAUACGUUUUCGGACAAGCUAACGCUCUCUGAUGUUGCCGCCCCGGCUACGUUGAAUGGGUGCCUUGGCCGUUGUUCCUUGCGCGCGCUAUCGGGGCGCUCGCCGUUCAAGAGCGCGCCGCGACUUGUAUCGCGUGCCUCGCCUAUGGAAAAGGGAAGCCGUCACCUGAGGGUUCUGCUCACACUGUGAUUCCUCGAGCAAAACUCGACGCGGAUAUUAUUUUUCCUACAAUAAAAAUUGUGCAAAGAAAAGGUGU